UGCCAGCCUUGCAGGCACCUCUCACCAACCGUCGGCCAGACUCCAACCCAUAAGUCCAAAUGGUCAUCACAAAGCGCAAGGCGACCACAAUCCCAUCUCAUUCCGCGGACCCAAUAUAUACAUAUUAGUAAUUAAUGCAAUUUGCCAACCUGACCUUCACCUCACCAAACCCAUCCCUUCCUGGCCUGCCCGGCUUUGCCCGACUACUUCACCAUUUUGUAAGCUUUGCGUCUCCCAAUCUCUUUAAAGCCACUUGUGACUGGUGAGUCGUUCGUCUUUAACUCUGCUUCGCUUCACCACCAACCCCGAUCGCAAACAUCUAAGAAAGCUCCUUUCCUUUGUCUCUGUCAAAGCAGUUCCUGGGUUUUUAACCAAAAGGCGAAGGAAAGAACGGUUGACGGGAGGAGAUGGGCGGCGACGAUCGGAAAGUGUUCACUUUGGCCGAGGUCUCUGAGCACAACACCGCCAAGGACUGCUGGCUCGUCAUCGAGGGCAAGGUAUACAAUGUGACAAAAUUUUUGGAGGACCAUCCUGGUGGUGAUGAGGUUUUGUUAUCCUCAACAGGGAAAGAUGCGACCGAAGAUUUUGAAGAUGUUGGGCACAGCACCAGCGCAAAGGCAAUGAUGGACGAGUUCUACGUUGGGGAAAUCGACUCUUCAACCAUCCCAACCAAGGUCAAUUACACGGCUCCUAAGCAACCUCACUACAACCAGGACAAGACCUCAGAGUUCCUCUUCAAGCUACUCCAGUUCUUAGUCCCCCUUCUCAUUUUGGGUGUGGCUUUUGGCAUUCGGUUCUAUGGCAAAACAGCUUCUUCUUAAGGACUAUGUAAGAGACAUUGGCCAAGGAGCUGAAUAAAAGAAAAGUCUCCUUCGGAUCUCAUCAAUCCCCGUGCUUUGCUGUUACCUCUUUGUGCUUCGGUUUGCAUGUGUUCGUUUAGGAAUCUUCUUACCCUGUAUGAACUUGUAAUGUUGUUAUCUUCCUCUCUUUGCUCUGACAUCAAAACUGUUCUGUUUCUGUCGAGAAUUUGAGAUUACCAUUUGGCACCUUGAUGAAGAUUGCAAUUGCCUUUUGUUUCGUGUUAGUUAUAUUUGGUAAAUGGAUAAGAUUCAUGGAUUGGUA